AUGCCGUCGUGGCCCAACAGCAACGAGACCUCUGACGAUGAUGACGAGUACAUGAGCGAGUUCACUAGCAUGAAUAUGGAGUAUUUUCAAACUCCAGAUACUGUGAUAGAUCCAAACUUUUCUGGGCUUGUGACUGAAUCUAACCGUAGGUGCAUCCUGCACAGGGAGAGGGCUGGCAAAUUUGUGGCAUUUGAAGGCACUGACACUGGCAGGAGAUUCAUAGGAUGUGCAACUGAGGAUGGUGUGAACUGUGGUGUUUUAGAGUGGGUAGAUGCCCCUUGGCCUGUGAUUUUGCAAAGAUGCUUAACCAAGCUCUGGGAUAUGUAUCAUGAGAAGAACCUUGGUAGAGUGCAAGACAAAGAGGCUCAUGAGAUAGAGGUUGAGAAAUUGAAGAAGGAGCUGGAUUCUCUUGGCAAUCAGUACAGUCAGCUUGUGGAUGAUGUAUCCAAGCUGCUUGAUUACCAGGAUGGGCAGAAAUCCCAUGACAUGGAUUACACAAUCCAGACAAUCAAUGAACUUAAGGAGAAGAAGCAUCAGCUUGAGGAGCGGGCAAAGAUUGAGAUUCAAAUGGAGAAGCUUAAGCUCAAGAAAGAACAAAGGUGCAUCCUGUAGAGUCAAGAUGAUAUCAUUCAAAACACCAGGAAAGCCAUGAAGGAGAUACAAGUUGAGAGAGACCUCCUUAAAGAAGAGAAGAAGAAGCUGGAGCAUAUCAUUGCUGAGCUUUUGAAGGCAGGUCAUGGGUGCAAAGAAAAGCUAGACAAGAUCAAAGAAGUCGUCAUGGAGGAGUGAAGUGGUAGCUAGGGUUGGUAAGUGAAUAUGAGGCCUAUAUAUAUAACUGGUCUAGUACUAGAAUCUGAUGCAGAUAUGCAUCUUAAUAUUAAUAUGAACUCCCUAUGAACUGCCUAUGGUUUCAGAUCAUUUUGGUUGUGUUGUUGGGUGCUGUAAUGCCCCUGAUCUGUAAUGCUCUAAGAUAAUCCUAUUUGUAAUGCCACCUGAACCAUAUUAUCCAGAUGUUGUUAUAUCUCC